AUGGAUCUCUACCAACGACCCCCAAUUGCAUCUCAUCCAUCCUCCAGACACGUCCACGCAUCGUCGUCUUCCUCUGCGACCACUUCCGCCCAGGUCGGCGAUCUCCCUCUGCGAAGUCCUCGUCUUCCCCCCUCGCCCCGCACCAGCUCCAAGCAAUUCUCGCGAUCCAUUGUUCCGCCACGAUUGAAUAGCAAUCGAUCCGACCCACCGCGAACACCAUCUCCGAAACGCGAUCGCAAAGGAAAAGGCAAGCAGGCUGUGAGACCUGCGACCGCGCGCCACAUUCGCAGCGGCAGCGACAUAACUGAAGAGGAGGAGGACGGUCGCCGACAUUCGCAUGGUCUAUCGUGGAACACCACCACUCGGGACUCUGUCGUCGACAAUCUGCUGUUCUCCUUGGAUAGCAUGCCGCAUGGAGAUUUUGGAGAUGGAGACUUCGAGACCAGCGCCGACGCCGAUCGAACUCGCUUUCUGAGCGAAUUGUCCACCAACGGCUUCCAGAUGAGCAUGCCAUCUCGAUCCCGCGGUCACACCCAAUCUUCUUCCACAUCCGACUUGACCGAUUCAUCCGCGAGCAACUUCGCCACGCCAAAAGGACGACGGAGCAACAGCACAACGGAUUUUCAACAGAAAACACCGCCGAAAAAGAAUGGAUUGGGCAUCACCAAAGGCAUAACAGAGGGCGAGCAAGAGUCGAAAAGCAUUGCGGAGAGACGAUCCGAGGAUAAAGGCCAUCCAGGUCUGGCACAAGUACCGAGCAGGCUGGCGACGAGUACAAGAUCGAUGAGCACAGAGUCGAUGCGCCGCGAGGAGGCGGCUUCGGUCCUCACACGCGGUCGUCCGGUGCCUUCAGUACAUAGCAAGUACGAAUCGCCCACCGACGCAGCUGCACCUGAGCCGUUCAUAGCAGGAGGACCGCGGAACAUGCAGAACCCCUCCGCCUCAGGCCCAGUGUAUGUGAAUCCCGCACCCCCCAAAACGCCCAAAACCACCACCGGCGGCAGCACAAUCCGCAAAGUCACCACGCAACCGGAUCUGCGGUCCGUCAACAACAGCGACAACCACUUGGUGCCACAAGUCAUUCGCGAUCAAGCGGCCGAAUUCGUCCGAACCAGCAGCAUGCUUGAAUCCGCGGGCCUGGUACCACCUGCCGUUCCAGAAAGGAUCGCGCCAAGCCCGGACCCGAGCAGACGGCGAGACCACUCACCUCUAAAGGAGAAGCCCGGCUUCUUCAAACGCGUAUUCGGUGGUUCCUCUCGUGUCGUGUCUAAUCCGAUGGAACGUCCCCUUUCCAAGCAGGUUUCCGCCGCGACGCUUGCGAAUGAUCAAUCUGAAAGUCGAAAGGGUUCCCUGUCGCAGGCAUCUCCUGUAGUUCCACCGGGCACUGCCAAGGGCGACUCCAAGCAAACACCGUCGGCUUCCACCACAUCUCAUCCCCCGCUCAGUCUGAAUAAAAAGCCUUCGUUCUUCCGAAGGAGGAAAAAGUCUUUCAAUGAAAACGUGCCUCCGCCCAUGCCUGCCAAUGCGGCAAUCACUCAGGCCGACCUCAUGAAAAAGGCUCACGAACCGGCGCCAUCAAUCAGCAGUUUGCGUAAGGAGAUGGCGCCGUUUUUGAGUGUCGAUACCAAUGGUUCCAGACCGCCAACCGCAAACUCGAGGGCUGAGGACUCGGACAAUCCGGAUUUGUUUCAUACUGGGUACACUGCUGAUGCGCCUCUGACGUUGAACACGCGGUCGCCAUUGUCGAGGGAACAAACGGUGAAACCACAAGACAGUCCGACGAAGAUCAAAGUCAAGAAACGAACGAUGGAUGCUCUGAUCACAUCCAGCCCGGUUGUCAGGCCGGCCAAGGUCAGGAGUGUGAGUGCCGCCACAUCUACGAGCACGCUGCGAGAGCACAAAAGAGAACGUUCUGCAGUGUCGCCAUUAUCAUCAUCGCGGUCAGAGGUUUUCCACGACACAUUUGAGAACAAUGGCGAUAGCACUAGCAUUCGGGAUGUCAGCGCUGUACAAUCGAGCGAGGACUUGCGAGACUUCAGCGCUGGGACAAAUGUCAGUCUGUCGAUGGACGAUCCCUUGUGGGCGGGCGUCGCGCGGCGACCAAGCAGUCCAGAGAAGAGGUUGGGUCGUGUGGUCCUGAAGGAUGACAAGGACUUUGUUGUUUCGCCGGUGUCAUCGCCCAACUUGUCGAAAAAAGGCAGUCAAUCUGAGAUGUUACUACCUGCGGUGCAAGUUGAAGGAACUAGCAUCCCUCGAAGUGUCACCGACCCGGCAAUCAUCGCCGUACCAUCGCCAACAAUUCAGGUUCCGCUAGAAAUGGUUGAUGAGGGAGCCGAGUACAGGGAGCGCGCACGAAGAAUCUUCGACGGCAAUGAAGAGGAUGUUCCGAAAUUGGAUGCCGCAGCCUGGAUGGGCGAGAGAAGUACUCUCAGCUCGCGCACGCUGACGGCAUAUAUGGAGCUGUUCGACUUUGCUGGCAUGAACAUUUUGGCUGCGUUGAGAAUGCUGUGCGGGAAGCUGGUUCUGCGAGGAGAGACGCAACAGUUCGAUCGCAUCAUCAACGCGCUGUCCUCGAGGUGGGUGCAGUGCAAUCCCAACCACGGCUUUAAAGCGCAGGAUGUUGUGCAUACACUAUGCUACUCUCUCAUCCUGCUCAACACGGACAUGUACUUGGCGGAUAUCACUGAGAAGAUGUCAAGGAGUGCUUAUGUCAAAAAUACACUUCCUACCAUCAAGCGGGUUGUGUUGGACGCUGCGCCUACUUCGUUCGACGACACGUUGAAGCCAAUGGCGCACAAUCUCAGACCGGGCAUGCCGUGGACUGACUCUAGUACUUCAUCAAUGUCUGGAGCAAGCUCCAACAUCACAAGCGGGCCAACGUCACCCAUGCCUGACACUCCACGAUCGGGCACGCCGAAUGGCGAGAACAUCAGAAGACUGUCCAUCCGGCCAGGGAUGUCACGCAACGAUUCAGAAGGUCCUGUCACACCAGACUCCGCCACUGGCUUCGGCAUCAACGCACUCGUCAACACUCCUGGUCCGAAUUUUCUCCGCGGCUGGGAGUCCGAAAUCGAAACAGUUCUCAAAGCCUUCUUCGCAUCCAUCAAAGCUGAAAAGCUUCCCCUUCACGGCGCCGUCAUGACUGAUCUCCCUCUCGGCAACCGCAACCUCUCCGUCGUUGAUCUUCACAACACCGUGCAACGCACCGGCUCGAUCAUCAGCAAGGCUCCCUCCGAAAACCAAUCCUACCGGCCCAAGAAUGACCUCCGUUCCAUGACCAUGCGAUGGGGCGCCAACCGCAACGUCCGCAACAAUGGCCGUCCCAAGCCGUACGCCGCCAGCACGAUUGCCUCUUCCCGCACUUCCUUCGACGACAACACCUCUGGCUUCUGGUCUCCCUCAGCACAAUCCUCCAAAUUCUCCUUUGGCAAAACUCUGACUUCCCCUAGUGUGGGCAGUUUCGGCCACUACGUCGAUCCGUACAAGCACUCCAUUGGCUUCGCCAACGCAUUGUCGGAAGCCAUCAUCCGCGAGGAGACCUCUCCCGGCGGCCUCAGCGGCGACAAUGACUCGUUCGUCGUGCCGGGUGGACUCCUCGAGGAUGAAUCCCUCGCACUGGAAGGAGCGCCUUGGGCGAAAGAGGGACUGGUCAAGCACAAGCACCACCUCGAGACGCCCGAUCGUAAGGCGAAAGAGCGAUCUUGGAAUGACUGCUUUGCUGUGAUCAGUAAAGGUAAACUCACUCUCUUCGCGUUCGGUCAGAAGCCUUCCACAUCCUCCAAUACCCUGAAGAAAUCUUUCACCAAGUCUGGAAAAGCCGCUUCAGUAUCCGGCUCCACAACCGUCGGCGGCGGUGACUGGAUGGAAAACGCCGAACAGCUAGAGUCCUUCAUCCUUCGCCAGACCAUCGCUUCCGUCCUGCCUCCACCGGGAUACUCCAAAGUCCGUCCACACGUCUGGGCGCUCAGCCUUCCAUCCGGCGCCGUCCACCUCUUCCAAGUCGGAACCCCCGACAUCGCGAAAGAAUUUAUGUCCGCAGCGAAUUACUGGUCCGCGCGACUCAGCAAGGAACCUUUGGCCGGCGGCGUCUCAAACGUCGAGUACGGCUGGUCAGACCGCGUCAUCAACACCGCUCUCUUACCCGCAGAUCUUCGCGAAGGUGGUGCCUCCUCUGGCCCACCCGUCUCCCUCCACAACCACACCGGCCCCGGAGGACACGCACACACCCUCUCCACCGACCGCAGCCGCUCCAGCUUGCAAUCCUCCAUCCGCGGCAGCAUGGACACGGGCUCCCGCAGCGUGGCCAACACCAAAGCCCGCCUCCCCGGCGACAGAGUCCAACUGAACGAAUGGAUUCCCCCAACGCAAUCGCUCAUGGCAUCCGCGUUGAUGGAAGUCGAUCAACUGAGAGCUUUGAAGGCGUAUGUGGAAGGGGAGGAAGAGGAGUUGAGGAGACAUAUGGGAUUGAAAGGAGGGAUUGAGUUGGCGUAUAGUCCCAGGAGUGCGAAUUUUGGGAAAGCGAUGGGGAAUUGGCAGAGGAAGAGUGAUUAUUUGUUGAGGGAGAUUGUCAAGUUUCGGACGUAUUGUGAUGCGUUGGGAAAGGCGAGGGAGGCGAGGGAGGAGGUUUUGAAGAGGAGGGGGGCUGCGAAUGGGGCGAGUCCGGUUGUUGGUGGUGGUGGUGGGGGUAGUGGGGGGAGCUCGAGACUCUUGACGGGCGCAUGGGAAGUGUUCGCUGGGGCAUAUGUGGGAAAAGAGAAGGCUCAACGAAGGGUUCCACACACUUUCCGGAUCAACACAAGCCUGCCUCGUCACUCCGCCGCCUCAAAACCAUCUCUCUGCCAAACUCCACAGCAGCUGGGAGUGAAGCGUGAGAGAGGGGAAAGCAUGAUUCUUGGCACCUAUCGCAACCCACCAUAUCGCUCCCCCACCGCCAGCAGAACCAUGGGAUCCGCCGGAAAGUCCACUGUCAAGAAGAAAGCUCAAAUGUCGGAUUCGGCGAUUCCCGCUCCGCUGCUGCCUGCGACGUGGACUGAAGCUGAGAUUGAAAGAUGUCGCGGACAUGACCCCGCCGCGACCACAAUGCCGGAUGCCAAUGACGUCCACCCUCAGAAUGCGCAUGAAAAUGAUCCAUCACCCAAGCGAAAACGCGAUGCUCUCUCCUCGCCUACUAGAUUCCUACACUCAAAUCUGCGAGCGGAGUCACCACCCAUGAUGCCUGGAGGACCAAGUCUCAACCGAGCUCUCUCCCCAGGCUCCGGUCCCGACAGUCCACGCUCCAGAGUCGCCGCGCGAUUCGAAGGACUUCAAAUCCGGGGUGGGCCGGUGGCGGGACCGAGAUUCGGAGAUGAGGUCGUGGCGAUGGAUGUGGAUGGUGAGAGGAGGAAGCGGAUGAGGUUUAGUCCUGUUCCUGAUGUUGUUAUGGACUCUCCUACCCGGCGGCAAGAGGGGGGUGGAGUGAGGAUGAGGACGCCGCCACCAGUUCAGAGGAAGCAAGAUGCGGCCACGCCUGCUGCGGAGACGGAAAUGCACGACCUCGAAAUCGGCGAAACACCAAACGCCUACACAUCCACCACCUCCCCAUCUCCUCAAUCCUCAUCGACGACGUCCUCUCCGACCACAUCCUUCAAAACAGACCUCACCACCUAUCCCUCCCGACCAUCCUCACCACCACCACCAUCCUCUGACCCAAUCACAUCCCUGACCUGGCACCCCUCCGAGAUCACCGGCCACAACUACGACCCUUUGACAGCCGCUGCGUCAGGCGACGAUGGAACGGGACUGAAUGGCAUUGGGUUUCGACCGACGCCGGCGAUUGCGUAUGCCCGAGCGCAGAAGAGGAGGGCGCAGGUUAGUGAGUGGAAGGCGAGGGAGGCGAGGGAGGCUAGGGGUAGGAGGGCGGAGAGGAGGAAGGGGAGUGGGGAUGGGGGCAGAGGCGAGAGGGGUGGCGGUGGGGUUGGGAAUGGGGAUGGGGAGAGGGGGAGGAGGAUGGUGAGGUUUUGGGGGGUUGAGUGA